UAAUAUGACGGAUGAGGAAUUUGCUGGUUUUCGAAGAAAAUAUGAAGAAAGAAAGAUCUUGAAGUUCUGAUCGACGAAGACUCCAAUGAGGAUCACAGAGUUCUGAUUAUUGAACCUAAAUCAUCAUUUGUUGGCCGUCAGGUUAUUCUUGACAUGACAGCAUUUACUGGAUUACAAGUACGAAGAGUUUCUGAAACAAACAAAAACGUUCUCAAAUUAUUGAAAGAUUUUUAUGAAUUUGAACUUGAUGAUAAUUCACCAACAGUUCUUGUGUUGAAGGAUAUGGCUUCGUAUACUGAAUGGAAUGUUCCAGAAGAAGAAGAUGCUCGUAAGUUUAUUCGCAACAAACUCCAAACACUGCCUGGUGUGAAACGAGUUCGGGAAAAGAUCGUUGUUGAGCGAAGAAAUGAAACUAAGGAAGCAGUCGAUUACGAGAUGCCAGAUGUUGACAGGUCAAAGGUGUACAUGCAUGACCUUGAGGUUGCGAUUCAUUAUACAUUAAGAAAAGAGGUUUCUGGUGUUGAGUAUAUUCAAGGAAGAUAUCUACAAGCUUUGAAAGACUUUGUUGCUGCUCUCAUAAAGUACUUCCCAGGUCGUCCACCAGUUAUGAAAUUUCUAACAAGAAUUAACAAAAGUAUAAAAGAUCUUCUUGUUACUAAUAUGUUAGUCUGGGGAACAUGGCAGGAGAUUCUGGAGAAAGCAGAUGAGACUAAAGGAGCCUACCUAACGAGGAAUGAAACAUACUAUGGAUGUUCAGGAAGUCAACCAGAUCUUCGAGGAUUCCCAUGCAGUUUGUGGCAGCUCUUUCAUGUACUGGUGAACCAGGCUUACAAGAUUGAACCUGAGGGUGAGUGGGGUGUUGGUAUGCUGAUCAACAUGAAGGAAUACAUUGCACGAUAUUUUUCUUGUAUGGAAUGCAGAAAACAUUGGGCAAUUGCUACAGAUGAUAUUGAAGAGAUUGAUGGAAGUGAGGAUUCUAUCAUGUAUCUCUGGUCCAAACAUAAUAAAGUGAAUCUGCGUUUGUCUGGUGGAAAGAAUGAUGAUCCUGAGUUUCCUAAAGUACAAUGGCCGACAAGAGAAAUUUGUCCUGAAUGUUGGAAUGAACAUUUGGAAUUUGAUGAAACAAAGGUGUUCCAAUUCCUUGUAGAUUUCUAUUCUCCUGCCAACAUUUCUGAAGAUUUUGUGGAAGAUGUCAAACCAGUACCACGACCAUCUGAUGAACUCUAGUUAUAGUUAGGGCAAUUGUUAGAUAGUAUAAUGAAAUUUUAUUCUAGGAAAAUUUAAGAUCAUGGAAAUAUUGGGUUGGAUUAUAAAUAACAAAAUUUGCCAAUUAAUUUUGCCAAUUUAAUCAUGCUUUUUAAUCUAGAUAAGCUUGAUAUUUGUGGCUCUAAAUGUCACCUUUUUCAAAUUAUUCAAGUUACACAAUUGCCAAAAUAUUGUUGUUAAAUCACUAAGCUUGGUAGUGAAAUGGUUUACAAUUUAUCUCAAAUUUGGAUGUGGUUUUUUUGAUUCCAGCAUAUCUCAAUGUGUUACCGACUAAAUAACGUUGUUAGUAAUUUUAGUUUUUCCUUUGGAUAUUGUGUAUCGUCAAGAAAAGCAUUAAAGUAUGCUGAUAGUUAUUUUCAUAAAUUGACUGGCAUGCAAUUUAACCAGUAUUCAGGAACUUUCAAACAUUUAUUGCAAGUUUAUUUAGCUGGAUGAUUUAUUGGAAUAGACUUUGUAGGGGUGUAAAUGUGGUGUUGACUUGACUGGGAUGGAAUAAAAAUGAUGAAUUGGC